UAUAGUUAAUACAUGUGUAAAUAAAAUCAAUACGACUUAUAUUCUUUUCAAAGGGUUUAUAAAGCUCAAUAAAUGAAGCUCUUUCAGUCUCUUUACAUGACGUUUUACAGAGUAGACAUUUGUUUUUGAUUGGAUUUUGGAUAGCAUACUACCCUUGAUACAGGUGAAAUUCUAAUAUAAACAUACAUAUAUUCAAUUGCCGAACAAUUAAGAAACACUGAAGCUGUGUGACAAUUAUAUUGUUAACUGCAAGAGAGGCUGGGACGGUGGAGUGUCCCAUAGAAUAACUAGAAGCAAGUGAUUAUUUUAACAACGCAACCUUACACAGGUGAGACAGAGUCAAUAAGUCCUGCGACCCCAUAUCGCACCCUCAACGAAACAAGCGUUUGGUGAAUGCCGAAACACAUCAGUAAAGAUGAGGCGAAUGAGAAAAUUUUCCGAAGAUCUGCUUCGUGACCCUAACAAGUCUAUGUCUGAUGAGGAAAUGUGCGAUGACGUUGAAAGUUUAAACAGCAGCUUAAACAGUUCCUUCUCGGACAGUUUUUCUUAUUCAAAUGCAUCGAAAUUCAGAGAUGUAUACGAUGACAAAGAGAAACCUAAAAGAGCAAUGGGGGCGUACUCUUGCCGGAGGGUGCUGUUCCUCACGUUAGCCGUCAUAUUUAUCAUGUCGUGCUUGGUUACAUUAAUGGCUCCUAGGCCAAAGAACAAGACAAAUAUAGAUAUCGGGCACAGUAAAACACACAAAGAAAAAGAAAAGGUUAUCCUCGAAGAUGAACCAUUAGCUGCUGAUAAUUUUCCAAGAGAACAUGAAAACCAACAGAAUAUGCAUAUGGCUAACGAUCAUGGUGAAGCUAAGAAGGAACGGUUUGUUGUGUAUAAAUGUAAUUUUGGAUGUGGUGGCUGGGGGGAUCGAACUAAAGCUAUAGUCACUGGAUACCUCAUCGCUCUAGUCACUGAUCGAACAUUCCUCAUUGAGAUUACGCAUCCUUGCUCGCUCGAUGGCAUAUUGGAGCCCAACAAGGUGCAAUGGAACCGAGAGUUACCAAAGGGUUUGUCAACGAUUGAAGUAAAGUGGGACGUCGAAAGAUAUGGGAAAGAGUUCAUCGAACUUGUGCCCGAUAAGAGGCAUAUGAAUGAAUUGUUUCCCGAAGACGUAAUUGUCGUUAGAGGACAAAUUGCCGGGGUUGAUAGAUUCAAAGACAACCCUGUAUAUGCUGAGAAAAUAAAAUCUCUUGGAUACGACUUAUCAACCUUUACACAGAGCCAUAUAUAUGGUGUCUUCUAUGAUCUCAUUUUUAAGUUAUCACCAGUCAUGGAACGUCGUUUCCAAGAAUUUGCUCAAAUUAGUAAGAAACAUGAAGGGUACCACCUUUUCUGUGCCCAGAUGAGAAUGGGUGCGCCAUAUAUUAGAUAUGACCCUGUCAUUAAUAAGAGAGAAACAGCGAGCGCCGUUUGGGAUUUCAUGAAAGAAAAUGCUCAUGGGAAGUACAAAAUUUUCAUCUCAACUGAUGCUGAGGAUGUUAGGAAAGAAGCAAAGAGUAUAUUCCCUGAGAGCAUCAUUGAUAAUGAAGGGCAAAUCACUCAUUUGGAUGCAGACAACGCAGACGAUUCCUGUAAAGGUCUGCAAAAAACACUCCUUGACUUUCACGCGCUUGCAUAUUGUGAUACACUCGUUGUCAGUUCCAGUAGCUUUGGGUUUGGUGCGGCGUAUAGAAAGGACGAGUAUGCAAACAUUUACUUGUUUUAUAAUGGCACUGUUCUAAAGUUUGUUUGAAGUUUUUUUUGAACAUGCAUCUAGAAAUUAAUGUCACAAAGGAACGGAAUGUGCUAGUCCGAGGAGAUUUGGUCUCUCAAUUUACAACUUUUUAUUUUGUCUUUCAUCUGUCAUUAAUUGGUCAUCAUCAGCUUUUUAUUUUUAUGUCACCACCACAAGUAGUGACAUAUUGUUAUGGUCUCCAACUUUUUUGUGGGACGGUGUUCUGUGGUUGGUGUUCGACGGUCUGCGUCUGUAACAAAUGGCAGGUGGUGACAUUUUGCUUGUUAAAGCCUUGCACUGAGUUGACACAGGUUACUGUGAUAAUAUUUAUACGGAUCAGGG